UCCUGCCGGUGAUAUAAUUUGUUGUGAAAUCUAGCCCGUUUCGACGCCAAAAAUGUCCGAUUUUCCCGAUAAAGACGCUCGAGCAAAGUGUUGGAAAGCGCGGGAUGAUUAUUGGGCCUGCCUCGACAAACAUGCCCCCGAAUACCAGUGCACAUCGCAAGCGCCCGAACCUCCGGCAUGCAUCCAGCUGCGCCGACUCUACCAGCAAAGUUGCCCGUCCCAGUGGGUGAAACAUUUUGACCGCAAACGAACCUACGACCAGUUUAAGCAGAAAAUGGCCAAAGGAUACGAACCACUGAACGACGUGAAACCGUAGCCGAGCGACCUGUUCCAUAAGUUAGGAUUUAACCAACAAAAGCGCUUCGAUUCUUUCGUUAAUAAAAGGAAGUCAAACGGGGAAGAGUAGAU